AGCGGCACCCCGAAGCCGCCGAGCUGCGCCCAGCGCCCCGCAGGCAGGGACGCGUUCGCGGGCCCCGGCGCGUCGCGCACGUCCCACACGGCGCGCGCGUCCCCGCGGCCCGCCCCCGGCCCGCCCUCUCCGGCGCUCGGUGACAUUGAGCGCCCCGGGCCGCGCCACCUACCGCGGUGCUGUGCUGCGCCUUGCACAGCUUGUAACAUUGAACCGGGAGCAGAGCAGGCGGCCAUGGGGAGUCUCCGCGGCCUGCGCCUGGCGGCAGGAAACUGUUUUAGGUUAUAUGAAAGAGAUGCUUCCUCGUCGCUGGGACUCACCAGAAAUUCCGCUGUGAAGAGAAUAAGUGAAUUUUGCACCAAACCACAAGAAACUUCUAAAGCUUCAUCCACGACCUACAGCCACAGAGUACCGCUGCACAAGCCUACGGACUGGGAGAGGAAGAUCCUCAUCUGGUCGGGUCGCUUCAAAAAGGAGGAUGAUAUCCCGGAGACGGUCUCGUUCGAGAUGCUUGAUGCUGCGAAGAACAAGAUCCGCGUGAAGGUCAGCUACGUAAUGAUUGCCCUGACGGUGGCAGGCUGCAUCGUGAUGAUCAUUGAGGGCAAGAAGGCUAUGAGAAGAAACGAGUCUUUAACAAGCUUGAACCUGGAAAAGAAAGCUCGUCUGAGAGAAGAAGCAGCUAUGAAGGCCAAAGCCGAGUAGCAAAGGUAUUCAUGUUCGGCUGCAUUUUGAAAAUCCAGGAGUCAUGUUGCAGCACCAAGCCCGUGUUGAAAACACUGUGGGAUGAGGCUUCGUCUCACAAAUAUGUUUUGCACAAAUUUACACUCUUCUCCCUUUUUCUGUUCCAGAGGUACAAAUAAAUUUUCUUGCAGAAUGA